GGCGGGGGGUGCGGCAGUGGGGGGCCCGGGCGGGCGCCGAGCCGGGCCCGGGGGUGCGGCGCGCCCGCACCGUGCGCUUCGAGCGCGCCGCCGAGUUCCUGGCGGCCUGCGCCGGCGGCGACCUGGACGAGGCGCGCCUGAUGCUACGCGCGGCGGACCCCGGCCCCGGCGCCGAGCCCGACCCCGCCGCCCCGCCGUCCGCCCGCGCGGUGCUCGACUCCACCAACGCCGAUGGCAUCAGCGCCCUGCACCAGGCCUGCAUCGAUGAGAACCUGGAGGUGGUGCGCUUCCUGGUGGAGCAGGGUGCCACGGUGAACCAGGCGGACAAUGAGGGCUGGACGCCCCUGCACGUGGCUGCCUCCUGUGGUUACCUGGACAUCGCCAGGUACCUCCUGAGCCACGGGGCCAACAUUGCUGCCGUCAACAGCGAUGGGGACCUGCCCCUGGACCUGGCCGAGUCCGACGCCAUGGAGGGGCUGCUCAAGGCGGAGAUCGCCCACCGAGGUGUGGAUGUGGAGGCAGCCAAACGGGCCGAGGAGGAAUUGCUGCUUCAUGACACAAGGUGCUGGCUGAAUGGGGGCGCCAUGCCAGAGGCCCGGCACCCCCGCACGGGGGCCUCUGCCCUGCACGUGGCUGCUGCUAAGGGCUACAUUGAAGUGAUGAGGCUGCUCCUUCAGGCUGGCUAUGACCCGGAGCUCCGGGAUGGGGACGGCUGGACCCCCCUGCACGCAGCAGCCCACUGGGGCGUGGAGGAUGCCUGUCGCUUGCUGGCCGAGCACGGUGGGGGCAUGGACUCGCUGACCCAUGCGGGGCAGCGUCCCUGUGACCUGGCUGAUGAGGAGGUCCUGAGCCUGUUGGAGGAGCUGGCCCAGAAACAGGAGGACCUGCGGAACCAAAAGGAAGCCUCCCAGAACAGGGGCCAGGAGCCCCAGGUGCCCUCCAGCAGCAAGCACCGACGGAGCUCCGUGUGUCGUCUGAGCAGCCGCGAGAAGAUCUCCCUCCAGGACCUGUCCAAGGAGCGCCGGCCAGGGGGGGGAAGGGGGCCCCCCAUCCGGGACGAGGAUGAGGGAGAAGAAGGCCCCACAGAGCCACCUCCUGCAGAAUCCAGAACCCUCAACGGAGUCUCCUCCCCGCCACCCCGCAGCCCUAAGAGCUCCAUGCCCCCCGAAGAGGUCCCCUUCUCCAGGCGCUUUGGCCUCUUGAAGACGGGAAGCUCUAGUGCCCUGGGUCCCACAGACAGGUUGGGGGCCGAGGGCGCCCCUGGGGCUGGGCUGCAGCGCUCAGCUUCUUCCUCACGGCUGGAAGGGACCUCCCCUCAGGCCGGGGAGCCCCGUCUGGCCAGAGUUACCCCCACCCCAUCCCAGAAGGUGCCCGAGCCCUGUGCUCUGAUUCCACAGCCUGAAUCCCCAGUGAAGCCAAAUGUCCCCACAGCCUCCGCAGCACCCCCAGCAGACUCCCGGGACCGCCGGAGGUCCUACCAGAUGCCUGUGCGGGAUGAGGAGUCUGAAUCCCAGCGAAAAGCUCGCUCUCGCCUCAUGCGCCAGUCUCGGAGGUCCACACAGGGUGUGACUCUGACGGACCUGAAGGAAGCAGAGAAGGCCGCAGGGAAGGCCCCAGAGCCAGAAAAGUCGGGCCUGCAGAGCCUGGACCCUUCCCGGCGGCCCCGAGUCCCUGGGGUCGAGAACUCUGAUGGCCCUGCCCAGAGAGCAGAGGCGCCCGACGGGCAGGGUCAGGGACCACAGGCCGCCCGGGAGCACCGCAAAGUCGGCAAGGAGCGGAGGGGGCCUGCAGAGGGGGAGGAGGCGGAGCCGGUGGACCUCAGCCCAGAAUCCAGCACUCUCGAGGGCACCCCCUCCCCUCACAGGCAGCGGGACCUCAACUCAGAACCCGAGCCAGAAUCGGAAGAGCCCGAUGGAGGCUUCAGGAAGCUGUACGCAGAGCUGCGCAGUGAGAACGAGCGACUGCGCGAGGCCCUGACGGAGACGACGCUGCGGCUGGCGCAGCUCAAGGUGGAGCUGGAGCGCGCCACGCAGAGGCAGGAGCGUUUUGCAGAGAGGCCGGCCCUUCUGGAGCUGGAGAGAUUUGAGCGCAGGGCCCUGGAGCGAAAGGCUGCCGAGCUGGAGGAGGAGCUGAAGGCUCUGUCCGACCUCCGGGCUGACAACCAGCGGCUCAAGGAUGAGAACGCAGCACUGAUCCGCGUCAUCAGCAAACUCUCCAAGUGACUCUGGAGGAGGACCUUCCCCCGCACCCGUAUUUAUACAGCUGCUUCUGCCACACGCACCCUUCCCCUGUGUGAACACGAGUGACAGGGCUCCCGGGGGAGUCUCUGAGAAGCCAUAACCUCCCCUCGGGACCUCCAGACUGAGGGGAGUGCAGGGUCCCCAGGAGCCAAGGGGGGCCGUCCGAGGCCAAGAUGGAGGCGGGAGGAGCCAGGUAGAGGGACAUCGCUGAGGGGGGACCAGGGCUGGAGGCGGGACAAGAAGGCACCAAGGACCAGAAAGUGCCAGGACCAGUAGCCAGGACCAGAGUGGCCACCCGGAGGUCCCCCCUCACGUGUGUUGCCACCCCAGUCACCCCUCCCGCUCCUGAACAGGGAUCCGAGAAUGUGCCAAGAGUCCCGCCGGCCUCGGCCGGGUGGGCCUGUAUAUAGGGUCCAUGUGCAAUAGGGAGGGAUGUCUUCUAUUUUUUGCUGCCCCCUCCCCGCCCACUGUCCGGGGCAGGGGGAGAAGGUAUUUUCAAGACAAAGCACAGGCACCUCAAAUAAAAGUCGUGAAGUUGCCACUCAAUGGCUGUCCCCAGCUGGAGGUGGGGCGCCACUUCUGUGCUCGG